UAUAGGAUGAUAUUGACAAUGAGAUAAAAUAAUCUAAAUCUCUUCAAACCGCAAACAGCCGUUAAAUACAGAAAACAAAUGUUCUGGCGCCCCCUCUCGGCGCCCCCAUGUAUCGCAUAUCGUUAAUACUCACUUUUUGCGCCACUGGUUACAGUUCCCUUCAUCAUCAUCAUCAUCACCAUCAUAAAAGGUUCACUAAUCGGAACCAGAUUCCUGAAGGCUCCAUACAACCAGCGGUCCAAAGUUCGGUUCUGAUGAGGCUGAAAGAGCGGAAGUCCGUAUAAGGUCAGGACCGGGACAGUGAGCCAUCUGUCAGACUUUACGGGACAGCUCUGACCCCUCCGCCGCUCCGGAGGUAAUUGGACCCGCUGUUGCCAUGGUGACGGCGGAGAGGAGGUGUCAUCCGAUCUGGUCCAGUUAAAGUUCUGAUGGACUACCGGUUCUGUCGGGAUAGUCCUGGGUGCUGUUGGUCCCUGCGGUUCAGUUCGGGUUGAUGGAGUCCCCCCCACCCUGAUCUGGACUCCUCCUCUUCCUCCUCUUCCUCCGCCAUCACCAUGCCGAACCGACAGAAGCAGGUUCUGUUCUGCUCCGCGGGCCUCCUGAGCCUCUGCUGCGCCCUCUCGGCUGCCGUCGUCACCGGGCUGCCCUACUGGCUCCGCGGGGUCGUGCUCUGCCGAACCGGAGCCGAGCUCGUCAACGCCACCGGAGCCGAACUGGACCAGUUUCUGGGGGAGCUGAGCUACGGGCUGUUCCACGGGGAGAGGGUGAAGCAGUGCGGCCUGGGGGGCAGACCGUCCCGGUUCUCAUUCUUCCCAGACCUGCUGGGUGGGAUCCCGGUCGGCCUCCACGUCACCAUCAUCUUCCUCUGCAGCGUCGUGGUCCUCUUCUCCUCCGUGGCCUCCGGCUUCUUCUUCUUCAACGCCUUCGGCCGGCCCUACGAGACGCUGCAAGGCCCCAUGGGACUUUACCUGUGGACCUGCGUCUGCUGUGCGACCAGCUGCCUGGUUCUGAUCCUGUUUGCCUCUGAGGUGAAGAUCCACCGCCUCUCUGAGCUCAUCUCCAACUUCAGGGAGGAGAACUUUGUUUUCCAGACGCACUCGGAGCGCUACGACCGCUGCUUCUGGAUCUUCUUCCUCAUCCUCAUCCUCCACGGACUCAACCUGGUUCUGAUCCGGCUCACAGGGAUCCAGUUCCCGUUCCAGGGGAAGAAAGACGUGGAGCUGAGCGGCGGCGCGGCCGACCUCAUGUACUGAUGGACUCACUGUUGACCCGGAUCAUCAUUGAUUAUUGAUCAGAACCUGAAUGAUUGGGUUGAAUCUUGAUGAUCCGACUGAUUCUUUAUAAAUUCUGUUUAUAACGUUUUUUA